CUGCUUCAAAGAUUUAGGUCGCAAGUCCGUAAAGGCAUCUUUUACGCGAGUGAUGGCUUGCGACAGUUUUCGUUUCCCUUCAAGUCAGAGAAAACCAACAACUUCUUUGGGAUAAAUACUCGGACAAAUUCCUUUGAUGUCGGUGCUUGCUAGCAAGUUUUUAAAGCGGGGAACAAACAAAGGAAAGACUGCUGUAAGGGGAAAGCGAGUAAACAGAGGAGCCGGAUACUGCUUACAAAUUCCUUGCCAGUGUAUUUUUUAUGGGGACACUCACAUGUCUCUGCCUUGGCUAAAAUCGAAACUUGAGUGCCUUGGCUACAGUAGGGACUUUAAGCAGCGGGAACGCGGAUGGCAACGGGGACCCCGAAACCUGUGAGAAGACUGGGGGAGAGAACACCAUUGUGGCGGGAAUUCUUAAGCAAUCAAGCAGCGCUGUCACAAUGCGCGGUUUCUGCACUGUCAAGUUUAUUGACGUUAUUGAUAUUCGUCCCUUGUUUAUCAGGAUGACUUCAUUGACAGAAGUUCGAGAUCAACUCUUGAUAAGCCACGAUGAAGGUGUGCUAAACGAUGACGAACUUCUACUCUUGUAUGAUUUAAACCAGUCAAAUAAUCUCGACCUCCCUUACGAUUCAUAUCCUGAUUUUAAUUUCGAUGAUUUCGAAGACGACGAGUGCCUGUCCGAAUUUCGCUCCCACAAACGCGAUUUGCCCCUUCUCGCUGACGUAUUGGAGAUCCACGAAACGGUGGAGUGCUAUCAAAGAAGCAUCUGUAGUGGAUUGGAGGCUCUUUAUAUUUUGCUCAAGAGACAGAGCUAUCCUUGCAGAUACUCCGACAUGGUAGCUCGAUUUGCCAAGCCUGUACCAAUGUUAUGCACGAUAAACAACUACAUGAUCCACUACAUCUACCAGUCACACAGCCACCGAAUUUUGGAGUGGAAUGAUAGUAUACUCGACCCCUACUUACUGGAAAGAUAUAGCCGUGCCAUAACAGCCAAAGGAUCUCCCUUGGACAACUGUUUUGGUGUUAUUGAUGGAACAGUGAGACCAAUAAGUAAGCCUGGUGAAAAUCAAAGAAUCGUAUAUGACGGCCACAAAAGGGUUCAUGGGAUAAAAUUUCAGUCCGUGGCACUUCCAAACGGCCUUAUUGGAAACAUGUAUGGACCUUUAGGUAAGGAAAUUCCCUACUAAAUGAACGUUUGGUAAAAUUCCCAAUCCUAAUAUUUGUUUUCUUUGUUUUAUUUUAUCUAGAGGGCAAGCGACAUGAUGUUGGCAUGCUAGCAGACUCGAAUCUUCUUCAAGACAUGCAACGUUAUGCGUUUACACCCGGGCCUGUGCAUCAUCCCCUGUGUGUUUAUGAGUGUGUGUAAAACGCGGAACCCACCCGGAAUCUACUGGAACCUGCCGGAACCACCAGGAACGACCCAGAACUAGCCGGAACCCCCCGGAACCUACCCGGAACCCACCCGGAAGCCCCGGAACCUUGACAAAAAACCGAAAAAAAUAAAAAUAAUACAAAUCACAUAAAAACAGUACAAAUAACACAAAUCAAAUAAAAAUAAUAAAGAUCAAAUAAAAUAAUAAAAAUAAGUAGUUUUCACCUCAAAAAUACGGGAACAGGACGGCACUUGACUAACGGAGUGUUUGCCAUACCAAAGGUCAAAAUACAAAGUAUUUUUUAGGACUCGAAACCCCGUGCGUUGUGCAAGUCAGCGAGAGAACUUCCACAUUUUUUUAUUAAUAAGACCAUGAGUGAGG